GAAAGGUCACGCUGCUGUUUGGCGGCCAUUUCUCUGGAGGCUCCGCGAUUCGCGCCUAACUGUAGCUACUCCAGUCACGAGGGACGGACGACAGCUGGGUCGGCGGCGAGUGGCCUGCAGCAUUUGCUUAUAGUCGCGAUGAGUUUGCCCCUCAAUCCCAAACCUUUCCUGAAUGGAUUAACAGGAAAGCCAGUAAUGGUGAAACUUAAGUGGGGAAUGGAGUACAAAGGCUACCUGGUAUCUGUAGAUGGCUAUAUGAACAUGCAGCUUGCAAACACAGAAGAAUACAUAGAUGGAGCAUUGUCUGGACAUUUGGGUGAAGUUUUAAUAAGGUGUAAUAAUGUCCUUUAUAUCAGGGGUGUUGAAGAAGAGGAAGAAGAUGGGGAAAUGAGAGAAUAGCAUCUUUUGUGGGGAAUUUUUUUUAUAUAUAUUUCUAGACAAUAAACUUUUUUUUUCAACUUGU